UCUUGUUUAUCCUUGUAGUUCCGUAGUGUCUUGGCUCAGGUAGUUUUGGAGUUCUGCUGCUUUAUAUAGUUCGUCUCGCAUUGCAAAUACCCUGAAUUUUUUCAUCGGUAGUUCGUUCUAAACCUGGGGUAUAAGGUUAGGCGUUAGCACCGCGGAGAUGGCCAGCGGGGUGGCUAGUGGCACUCACCAGUCGAAUAAAGGGCGAAGGAAUGGGAGAAAGGAAGAACCAAACUCAACUAAAGUCCUUUGCAGAUACCAUGUCCAUGGUGUGUGUCGCUUUGGGGACAGGUGCAAGUUCUCACAUGACCUUGAUGACCAACCGAAUCUAGUUUGUACAUUUCAUAAAAAAGGUGUUUGCGCUUAUGGUAAAGAAUGCAGAUAUGAUCAUGUGAGAGAUAAAAGUACUCGGAAACAUCCUAGUCCUGUGUAUGAAAAACCAAGCACAACUGCCGAUCUUUCGUCAUUCACAUCUCAUGAUGACAGUUGGGUAAAUGCCGCAGAAUUUGUACCUGGGAAAGUUUAUUCUCCAAGAGUGACAUCGUCAUACAGUAAUAUAUUGAAAAGCAAUGAUGAACUAGCAAGCUCCGUUAGGUCAAAUGGUUUUAAACAAAAUGAACAGGAAACUAAGCCAGUCGAAGAACUAUGUCCAUACUAUUUACUUGGUGAAUGCAGAUAUGGUGACGAAUGUGUCUAUUUGCAUGGAAAAUUAUGUGAUAUGUGUGGACUUCACAUACUUCAUCCUACCGAUCCACAUGAACAAGAGAAACAUAAAGAGGAGUGCUUGGCAAGUCAUGAAGAAGAUAUGAAAGAAUCAUUCAAAGUUGCACAGAGUUGUGAAGUGACUUGUGGCAUCUGUAUGGAAGUGGUUUGGGAAAAGAAAGAAAAAAGGGAAAGGAAGUUUGGAAUUUUAGAAAAUUGUUCUCAUGCAUUCUGUCUUGAUUGUAUCAGAAAAUGGAGAAGCGCUAAGUCAUUUAAUAAUACAGUUGUCAAAGCUUGUCCAGAGUGUCGAGUUUCUUCAUCUUUCGUAACACCAAGUGAUGACUGGGUUUCAGAUAAAGAAGAGAAAAAGAAAUUAAUCGAAGGGUAUAAAGAUCACUUAUCAAAGAAGUCAUGCAAACAUUUCGAUCAAGGCCGAGGAAAAUGUCCGUUCGGAGCUAAUUGCUUCUACCUCCAUGCGUAUCCAGAUGGUACAAAACAAGAUCGAUCAAAAAUUCCAAAGAGAGCUAGAAAUGCAGAAGGAAGAUUGCAGACCUUCGAUUCAUCAACAAUAUGGGAAUUCAUUGAAGAGCGGCACGAUCAUCCAUUCUUUGAUCUUGAAGAUGAUAGUAUGGAGUUAUUUGACCUGGUGUACCUUCUCGGUGCAAAUACGAGCUUAGGCGAUGAUUCAGACUCGUAUGAUCACUGGGACUGGUUUUUGGGAAUUGGUGAUAGUGAUGAAGAUAGCGACUUUUACUAAUUCUUGAUCACAUCAUUCAAGCUUGAGCUAUGUAUAGAAUAUACAUUGGAAGUAUGGCCUCUCGUAAUUCACGCUUGAAUACAAUGACCAAAUUUUACUAUAUGAAUAACAUGCAAGUGUAACCAUUUCGCUCGUGUAUUCUCAUAUGUGUAUACUGGUAUUAAAAUUAUGACAUUUAAUCAAACUAGGGCUCCAAACUUUAAAAUUCUAAGCAUUUCUAAAUUGUUUCUUAUUUUUUAAUUGACAUCUCAUUAAUUUUGAUGUGGAAUCGUGUGUGUGUGUGUGUGUGUUUUUAUUUAUAACUUGGCGGAUCCAUUUAAGAUAAUUGUAAUCUCACUUUUAUGUGUUUGCUUUGUUUGACUACACUUAUGAUAUUAUUUGUUUUUGCCUGGUGAUAACUUGCUUUAUAGAAUUUUAAAGUUUGUGGCCCCACUUAUUUGUAUCAACAACUUUUUUGCCUUGCCAACGACUUUACUUUAUCAAUGACUCAGUAAGAAUCCUGCAUCUUCAAUUUUCAACUGGCACUGCACUGUUUGUUUCUUAUUAGGAAAUUGCACCAAUCAGCUCUUGUUUAUCAAUCUCUGUUCAUUGACUACUUAUAUUUUCCCGAGAACGCCGCCAUUUAUAGGCUUAAUUCAUGUGUACUUUUCUUUUCAAUGUCGCCUUUCCAUUUUAUCGCCUUGAAAAUAUUAAAUAAACGCUGGUGAUUUUAAA